CCGUCUUUGUGGUGCUCGUUCACAGCACCAACCUUGGCUCGACGUCAGAGCCUGUGCAGCAGUGCAGUAUAAUGGGAGAGCAAGCAACACAGAGAGCCUCAUAGGGGGGCUGCAUAUCGCUGCUGUCUCCUCUGCUUGGCGCUCUCCAGUAUCCUUACCUAAAGCCCGUGCUGGGGUUCCCCCUCCUCUCCGCCGGAUCCAUACCCUUCGACAUGGAUGUCCCAUCAUCCCUCGACCCCGAGGACUGCUGUUUCUUGGCGCAGUGAAGAGGAGGCGGACGAAAGGAGAAAGGGAUCAUGCCGGGAUCGCGAAUGGAUUUCGGGAAAGCGCGAGUGACCAUGCCGUGAUCUUGCACAUCCAGGGCCGCCGCUACCCAGCCUUUGCCCAACAGUCGUUGAAGAAUCACGGGGGAAUCAAGCCCGCCGCGCACCGGGGAGGAAUUAUCCACUGUGCAUUUGCUUUGGAAACAUCAUGAAGAUUACCUCCCAUCAUCUGAUGAUAACCGGUCUCGCUAUCAGGUUCAACCUCAGGCUGAUCCCGCUUCUGCUGCUGUUUCUUGGAUACACUCGCGGGAUGCCGCACGUUCUAAGAUUUGGGGGAAUAUUUGAAUCCAUUGAGAGUGGCCCCUCUGGAGCAGAGGAAUUAGCCUUUAAAUUUGCCUUGAACACAAUCAACAGGAACCGCACAUUGCUCCCGAACACCACACUUACCUAUGACAUCCAGAGAAUAAACAUCUUUGAUAGCUUCGAGGCCUCCCGGAAAGCAUGUGACCAGCUUUCUCUUGGAGUGGCUGCCAUUUUUGGCCCCUCGCACAGCUCUUCUGCCAAUGCAGUCCAGUCCAUCUGCAACGCUUUGGGAGUGCCCCACAUCCAGACCAAGUGGAAGCAUCAAGUCUCUGACAACAGAGACUCAUACUAUGUCAGCCUGUAUCCUGACUUCUCCUCCCUCAGUAGAGCCAUCCUCGACCUGGUGCACUUCUUCAAGUGGAGAACCGUCACUGUGGUCUAUGACGACAGCACAGGUACAGGUCUCAUUCGACUGCAGGAGCUGAUCAAGGCUCCGUCACGAUACAACAUUCGUUUGAAGAUCCGACAGCUGCCCACGGAGACCAAGGACGCCAAGCCACUUUUGAAGGAGAUGAAGAAGGCGAAGGAGUUUCAUGUCAUCUUUGAUUGUGGACACGAGAUGGCAGCCUGGAUCCUGAAACAGGCCCUGGCCAUGGGCAUGAUGACUGAGUACUACCAUUACAUUUUUACUACCCUGGACCUUUUUGCCCUCGAUAUGGAACCAUAUCGCUACAGUGGAGUUAACAUGACUGGCUUUCGUAUACUUAACACGGAAAACUCUCAAGUGUCAUCAAUCAUUGAGAAGUGGUCAAUGGAGCGGCUCCAAGCCCCACCCAAACCGGACUCAGGCCUGCUGGAUGGAUUCAUGACAACGGACGCAGCUCUGAUGUACGACGCCGUGCAUGUGGUGGCGGUGGCGGUGCAGCAGUCACAGCAAAUCACCGUCAGCUCUCUGCAGUGUAAUCGCCACAAGCCGUGGCGGUUUGGAGGCCGUUUCAUAAACCUUAUCAAAGAGGCUCACUGGGAUGGUUUGACGGGACGUGUUCUCUUCAACAAGACAAAUGGGCUGAGAACAGAUUUCGAUCUGGACGUCAUCAGCCUGAAGGAGGAAGGGCUGGAAAAGAUUGGAACGUGGGAUCCUCCCAGCGGUCUAAAUAUGACGGAGACUCACAAAAGCAAGACAUCAAACAUCACCGACUCCCUGGCAAACAAAUCCCUGCGUGUAUCCACCAUUCUGGAGGAACCAUAUGUGAUGUUCAAGAAGUCGGACAAGCCUCUGUACGGGAACGACCGCUUUGAGGGGUACUGCAUCGACCUGCUGAGGGAACUUUCUGGUAUCUUGGGGUUUCGCUAUGAGUUGCGAUUAGUGGAAGAUGGGAAGUAUGGAGCACUGGACGAGGGCACAGGCCAGUGGAAUGGCAUGGUGCGGGAGCUCAUGGACCAUAAAGCAGAUCUUGCUGUUGCUCCUCUGGCCAUCACCUACGUCAGGGAGAAGGUCAUCGACUUCUCAAAGCCCUUCAUGACUCUGGGGAUAAGUAUCCUGUACCGCAAGCCCAACGGCACCAAUCCUGGGGUGUUCUCUUUCCUCAACCCGCUCUCCCCGGAUAUCUGGAUGUAUAUUCUGCUGGCUUGCUUGGGUGUCAGUUGUGUGCUGUUUGUCAUAGCCAGGUUUAGCCCCUAUGAGUGGUACAACCCGCACCCAUGCAACCCAGACUCCGAUGUAGUGGAAAACAAUUUCACACUGCUCAAUAGUUUCUGGUUUGGAGUUGGGGCUCUCAUGCAGCAAGGCUCCGAGCUCAUGCCCAAGGCCCUGUCGACUCGAAUAGUCGGAGGCAUCUGGUGGUUUUUUACCCUCAUCAUCAUUUCAUCAUACACAGCCAACUUAGCUGCUUUCCUCACUGUGGAGAGGAUGGAGUCCCCAAUAGACUCCGCUGAUGACCUGGCUAAACAAACAAAAAUCUUGUACGGGGUGGUGGAGGAUGGCGCCACCAUGACAUUCUUCAAGAAGACAAAGAUCUCUACGUAUGAUAAGAUGUGGGAGUUCAUGAACAGCAGGAGGCAAUCUGUGAUGGUGAAGAGUGUGGAGGAGGGCAUCCAACGUGUUUUGACCUCCGAUUAUGCCUUCCUUAUGGAGUCCACUACUAUUGAGUUUGUCACCCAGCGUAACUGCAACCUCACACAGAUUGGAGGCCUUAUAGACUCCAAAGCGUAUGGAGUAGGAACACCUAUGGGCUCUCCUUAUAGAGACAAGAUCACAAUAGCUAUUCUUCAGCUGCAAGAGGAAGGGAAGCUGCACAUGAUGAAGGAGAAGUGGUGGAGAGGCAACGGCUGUCCAGAGGAGGAGAGCAAAGAGGCGAGCGCUCUUGGAGUGCAGAACAUCGGGGGGAUCUUCAUCGUGUUGGCUGCAGGGCUGGUGCUGUCAGUCUUUGUUGCAGUGGGGGAGGUCCUUUACAAGUCCAAACAGAACGCCCAGCUGGAAAAGCGAUCAUUUUGUAGUGCCAUGAUGGAUGAGCUGCGUGUCUCUCUAAAGUGCCAACGUCGUCUCAAACAAAAGCCUCAGCCUCCCGCCAUCGUCAAGACAGAGGAGGUCAUUAACAUGCACACAUUCAACGACAGGAGACUCCCAGGGAAGGAAACCAUGGCAUGAAAACUGACAACACCCUGAAACAUUCCCCUCAAAAAAAAAUCACUGAGGGGAGACAGGGGUCAAAUUAACAAAGACCUAUCCACGGGCUGAGGUUAGAAAUAACAACAGGAUUCCCUUUUGAACCAACAUGCUUAUGUAGACAGAUGUUUCCUGUGGAAAUACAGAUACCUGAGCAGUGUCCCCUCACUGUGACAAUGACUUUUUGAAAGGAGCUGGAAACUGCGGGCUGUCUCCCAGGUUGGAAGGGUAACGUAUGUAAACUUGAAAGCAGAUCCAAGCAGGUUUGGGACAAUAAACAUAUGCUGGUUCACACCAGAAGUGGAUUUAAACACAAACACACAUGUAUACACAGACACUUACUUUGUAAUUUGACACUCUUUACUGCUGAGUAUAAGGAAAGACUCAGUUUGAACAGUGAAUUCAGUUGUAGUUCUUUUGUUGAUGUCAUUGCCCUUUAUCUUACUUUCAUGUCUGUGGCCCCUUCCUUCAGUGGCUUGAAUGUCUCUUAAAUCAUUUAAACAAACACUAAUUUCACACCAAAAACUUUACAAGUAGUCAGCACCAUCUGGUUUAUUAUGAACUGAUGUAUAAAAGUGAUAAUUAGUUUGGAAUCAUCUAUGCCGAUCUUGUCAAAUACUUGUCAUUUUCUUCUAUAUGUGCCAAAGUUCUGCCAUUGUGAAGAACCUCCUACAACGUCUGUUUCUGUUUGACGCUUCUACAAGCAAUGUAAUCUGUCAAGCUCAUUACUCAUGUCCGCCCUUAAACACUGUCAGCGGUUUUCACUCUGUAUUGAUUGUUGUUUAAAAGGCGGGAUUUCUACAAAAGUGUUCGUUUUUGUACAAGAACAACAAAGUUUUGUAGUACUUUGUAUAGUACAGUAGCCCCUCCUGUGAACAAAAUAUGUAGCAGAUAUCAACUCAGCCCUCAGACUCUUGACAACAAAGCUUCAGGCUCUGCUGUGUAGAGUCCAUUGCUUUCAUCAAUAUGAGAUUCAGUCUUUUGUCUGCCAGUCUCAAUGGGGCCAGCGGUACAUACUGUUUUGGGACAAUGUAUUGGACUUCGGUGGGGGGAGAGCAAAAGAAUUGUAAAUGAAGAGAUGCUCGAAGUAGGCAAAGGUGGUGAUUACCCACACUCUUGUUCCAUCAGCAAAGGGUGUGUAAUGAACAGUAGCUGUGAAGAGUCACCAUGAAAGACAUUGUAAAACAUGCAAAUGUUGCUUUUGUGGAAUAUAAAUACAACCGUAGUUUUGUAGAUCUGUUGUACUAUGAUGAGAUUUUUUUUCUUAUAGUAAGUCCUAAAAGUUUUAUUUUUUAAACUAGUGAAACCUAUAGGUUUCACAUAUAACUAUCAGAGACUUAAAGAUAAAAAAUACAUUAUUUAAAUAACAUGAAUUAUAUAAACAGGCUUAAUUAAAACACAUAUAAUAAAAGCUUUUCAUCAAUGAAUAGCUAUUUUCAGUUCAUAUAUUGUGUAUAUACUGCAAUUAGUUCCGACCUAGUUUGAAAAUUAUCACUUUUAGGACUCAUAUUUAGUGGCAUCUCAAUAAAUUAGAAUAUCAUUAAAAAAUGUAUUUCAAAUUCAAAUUGUUUACUCAUAAUAUAUAAUUAUAAAUGUGGCUUACAGCUAAACGUCAGCUAAAUCAGCUUCUCAUAAAAUUAGAAUAUUGCAUAAGACUUAAAAAAAAUAUGUUUUAUUAUAUAAAUGGCAUCAUGCUGAAAAGUAUUUUCAUGUACUGUAAAGUACCUGGACUCAAUAUUUGAUUGGGGCACCUUUUGCGUGAAUUACUGAAUUAGUGCGGUGUGGCAUAAAGGUUCUCAUCCUGUAGAUCUUCUGCGUUAAGAGAACCCAGAAAAAUUUGGAUUUGAAACAAACAAUAGUUCUGGAUUGUGUGCCUCUACACUCUUCAUCCAGACUAUCAGGCCUUGACUUUCAAAUGAAAUGCAAGUCACUUGUUUCUAGAAAGAGGACUUUAGUCCAGUUCCUUUUCUGUUUCCUAUUUGUAGCACAAGAAAUGUAACAGUUUUUCCCAUGAUGUGAAUAAGUUUGUGUUUUAUGGCCCCUUAAGCACUGACUCCAGCAAAUCUUUCAUAUUUGUUUCCAGGCUGUGGUGUUUUCCGCUUUUUGUGCUCCUUUUUCUACCAAAAAUGUUCCUUCCACUCAACUAUUCAUUAAUACAACUGGUUAUAGCACUAUCUGAACAGCCAGUGUCUUUAGCAAUAACCUUGGUAGUUUACUGUUAUUUUGGAGGGUGUCACUGAUUGUCUGUUAGACAAGCCAAGUCUGCAGUCUCCCCCAUGACCUCUUUGCCCAUAACAUAACCUUUCUGUGUUUCAGAAUUAUUUUUUAUUGGUCUUGUGUGAUAUUCACAUUUUUCUGAGAAACAUACUUUUAGAUCUUUCUUAGCUGUGAGCCAUAAUCACAAAAUUGCCAGAAAUAAACACUUGAAAUAUAUCAGUCUCUUUGUAACAAAUUGUAAUAUAACUCACUAUUUUAACAGCAUUACAAAUAAAUCAUAAAUUUUUAGUGAUAAUCUAAUUUUCUAAGAUGUACCUGUAAAUGACCUCAAAAGUGGGCCAUAAUGAUAGGGGUGGGCAUUGUAUGAAUGCUCAAAACAGUGCAUUUGCAGGAAAUCUGAAGGUGGGAUAAUCAGUAGCUUGAAUAGUAAAUGUCCCACCUGAGCUCAAAAACCGGGUUGUGCUUCAUUCUUCUUACCUCGAGUAGGCUUCAUGAUCUUGAGUGCUUGAUGUUGAUGAUAGCUUGUGGGCUGAGCAAAAUUAUUUAUCCACUAAUUGUCUCCAGAUGUGUGUUCUCUUCAUGAUGUAACACGAUAACAUUUGGUCCAACAACCCUUCCUGUCUGUUAACUCUGUUCCCUGCAGUGAAAUGACAAGCACACUUGAUAGGUUACUGCUCCCACUGGCCCUACCUUGACCUAUUUAUUCAAUUCAUCUGGUAUUGCAGGUGUUAGAAGACACAAAUGCUUACCCUCUAAUGAUUGGACAUUUAAGGGGUACUGUAAUUGAACUGUUAUAUAAAAAGUGACAAGAGGGAUUAUAUAUUUAAGCUUUUGGUGAACUACUAGUGUUGCUUGUCAUUUUCCAUUUAGCUAUAUCUAGUGGUGCAAACAGAUUGAAAACCUUAAAACAAUCUUCAGUUGAAUCCAAAGGCUUAGUGGUCAAAAAAGCAAUGUGAGCUCAUGGAGUUUGACAUUGAUGCAAGGUUUUACAAAAACUGUCAUUAAAGAUCUCAUAACUGUA